GCUCUGUCAGACAUGCGCAAGAGCGUCAGCAGCAGCAGCAGCAGCAGCACCGACACCACCGCGGCGCUGCGUUUCCGCCUUGGCUGAGCGGCGCACACAGCCGAGAGGGGAGGGGAGGGAAGCCGAGGAGAAGGAGCGGAGCCACCGAGACGCAGUGGGGGCACACAGCACGGACUCCGAGCAAAUUGCACCGACGCACCAACAUCACGGCAGCAGCCCGUCUCCCCCCAAAUCCUACACGUCAAGAACCGAAACCUGUGCGGUGGCGCGCCAGAGCCCUUCCAGCAUGGAGACUGCGCUAAAAACCAAGCACUAAAAAUGUGAGAUUUACAAGAGGAGAGACAGAGAGAGAGAGCGCGCGCGUGUGUGUGCGUGUGUGCAUGAGAGAGAGAAAGUGGCUAUCCCCCUUUAUCUUGUGCGGGUGAUCUCAAUUCUGUGCUCUGCAGUCUGAAAAUGAAGAAGUUCAACAUCAGGAAGGUGCUGGACGGCUUGAAAGAGGUGUCCUCAUCCACCCCGUCUGUCCAAGUGGGGCCACAGGAGAACCAUCUGAUCCAGGAGACCCUCCAGUCCGAGCAUUUCCAGCUCUGCAAGACUGUCCGUCAUGGCUUCCCCUACCAGCCGUCGUCCAUGGCUUUCGACCCUGUGCAGAAGAUACUGGCCAUCGGUACCCAGAGUGGAGCUCUCAGAUUGUUUGGUCGUCCUGGCGUGGAGUGUUACUGUCAGCACGAGAGUGGAGCGGCCGUCAUCCAGCUACAGUUUCUCAUCAAUGAGGGAGCGCUGGUGAGUGCUCUGGCUGACGACAGUGUUCACCUGUGGAACCUGAGGCAGAAGAGACCAGCCAUCCUCCACUCCCUCAAGUUCAACAGAGAGAGAAUAACUUUCUGCCACCUGCCCUUCCAGAGUAAAUGGUUGUACAUCGGCACAGAACGAGGGAACAUCCACAUCGUCAACGUGGAGUCCUUUAUGCUCUCAGGCUACGUCAUCAUGUGGAACAAAGCCAUUGAACUGUCCUCCAAGGCUCACCCUGGACCAGUUGUCCACAUAAGCGACAACCCCAUGGAUGAGGGAAAGCUUAUAAUUGGAUUUGAGUCUGGGAUCGUGGUCCUGUGGGAUCUGAAAUCAAAGAAGGCUGACUAUCGCUACACUUACGAUGAGGCGAUCCACUCAGUUGCCUGGCAUCACGAGGGUAAGCAGUUCAUUUGCAGUCACUCAGAUGGAACUCUGACCAUAUGGAACAUCAGAGGCCAGGGCAAGCCCAUACAGACAAUCACCCCACACGGAAAACAGCCCAAGGACGGGAAGAAGCCAGAGCCUUGUAAACCCAUUCUCAAAGUGGAGUACAAAACCACUAGAAAUGGGGAGCCCUUCAUAAUUCUGUCUGGUGGUCUGUCCUACGACACGGUGGGCCGGCGGCCUUGCUUGACAGUAAUGCAUGGGAAGAGUACAGCUGUGCUGGAGAUGGACUAUCCUAUAGUAGACUUCCUCACACUCUGUGAGACACCAUACCCCAACGAUUUUCAGGAACCUUACGCUGUGGUGGUCCUUCUAGAAAAGGAUUUAGUGGUGAUCGACCUUGCACAAAACGGUUACCCCAUAUUCGAGAACCCCUAUCCUCUGACUAUCCACGAGUCUCCUGUGACCUGCUGCGAGUAUUUUGCCGACUGCCCUGUGGACCUCAUACCUGCACUUUACUCUGUUGGCUCGCGGCAGAAACGACAGGGCUACAGCAAAAAGGAAUGGCCUAUUAGCGGUGGAAACUGGGGUCAAGGCACACAGAGCUACCCAGAGAUCAUCAUCACUGGGCAUGCUGAUGGAACUGUGAAGUUCUGGGAUGCCUCUGCAAUAAUGCUCCAGGUGCUCUAUAAGCUCAAAACAGCCAAGGUGUUUGACAGAAACCGGUCCAAAGAGGACAAGGGCAGCACUGAGGUGUCAGACGAAGACCCCUUUGCCAUUCAGAUCAUGGCCUGGUGCCCCGAGAGCCGGAUGCUGUGUGUGGCCGGGGUGUCAGCCAACGUUAUCAUCUACCGCUUCAGCAAGCUGGAAGUAACUACUGAGGUGGUGCAGCUACUAGAGGUGCGAAUGCAGUACGAGCUGAACGACAUAGAGUCUCCAGACGGCGGGGGCGGAGGGGGAGAACAGACAUCGGCACUUCCCACCCCCGGUGCCUCCCCUCAGACGAGCGGUCCACCUUCACACCCCUCCACCAGCAGCAACAACUCUGACGGCGGCAACAUGCCCUGCCUCAAAGUGCGAAGUACUCCUCUGAAGCAGUCCGCAGGUUACCAGGUAGAUUUGGUGGUCCAGUUAGUGUGGGUGAGUGGAGAGCCCCCGCAGCAGAUCACAAGUCUGGCGCUCAAUUCCUCCUACGGCCUUGUGGUGUUUGGCAACAGUAACGGUCUGGCGGUGGUGGACUACAUCCAGAAGACGGUAGUGCUAAACCUGGGGACGGUCGAGCUUUAUGGCUCCAAUGACCCCUACCAGAGACAGCCUCGCUCGCCAAGAAAGACACGACAGCCUUCUGGAGGUCUGUGCGACAUCAACGAGGGCUCCGCCACAUCAGAGGACCGCUGCAAGUCCCCUACUUCAGUGUUGACGUCAAACAGCAAUCUACAGCAAUUCUACAAUGGAGGUGGUAGAGGAGUCCUCCUGUCUGUAUGCCCGCCGCGGGGUGCCAACCCAUUAGACCACCGGGACAAUUCCUUCAGCCGCUCGCGCUCCUCCAGCGUCACCAGCAUCGACAAGGAAGCACGAGAGGCCAUCAGCUCCUUCCACUUUUGCGAGACCUUCGCCCGAAAGGGGGACAGCAUUUUGACGCCCUGCCUGUAUGUGGGCACCACUCUGGGCACCGUGCUGGCUCUAGCUCUCACAUUGCCACCUGCUGGGGAGCAACGGCAACUGCAGCCAGUUAUCAUUUCACCCACUGGCAUGUUGGUGCGGCUGAAGGGCAGCGUCAUGCGGAUGGCUUUCCUGGACUCAUCAGGCGCCAUGUUGUCCCCUGCGUACGAGCCGUGGUUCGAACCCAACGUCACAGCAGACGGCGAAGAAAGAGAGAAGGUCCGCAAGCGCCGGCCCGUCUCAGUGUCCCCCUCCACCUCCCAGGACCUCAACGAGAACCAGUACGCCGUGGUGUGUUCAGAGAAACAGGCCAAAGUCAUCUCCCUCCCCUCCCACACCUGCAUCUACAAACACAGUAUCACAGAGACCUCCUUCAUCCUACGGGCCGACGUGGUGCAGAUGGGCCAAGGCGUGUGUGUGGCGUGUUUCUGCGCCAACGGCCACAUCAUGACCCUCAGUGUGCCCGGACUGAGACCGCUCAUGGAUGUAAACUACCUGCCUUUGACAGACAUGCGGAUAGCAAGGACGUUCUGCUUCACCAACCUGGGUCAGGCCAUGUAUCUGUGCUCCCCCACUGAGAUCCAGAGGAUCACUUACAGCCAGGACACCUGUGAAAACCUACAGGAGAUGCUGGGUGAACUUUUCACACCAGUGGAAACACCAGAGGCUCCCAACAGAGGGUUCUUCAAAGGCCUCUUUGGGGGAGGAGCACAGUCACUGGACAGAGAGGAGCUAUUCGGUGAGGUAUCAGCUGGAAAGGCAUCCCGAAGUCUGGCCCAGCACAUCCCAGGCCCCGGUGGCAUCGAGGGCAUGAAGGGGGCAGCCUCUGGUGUGGUCGGAGAUCUGGCUCGCGCCCGGAUAGCACUGGAUGAAAGAGGCCAGAAACUGGGCGAGCUGGAGGAGAGGACAGCUGCCAUGAUGGCCAGCGCGGAUUCCUUUUCCAAACACGCCCAUGAGAUGAUGCUGAAGUGCAAAGACAAAAAGUGGUACCAGUUCUGAUCAGUGACGGGGGAGGAGCAGAGCUCCACGGACACUACUGUCACCUUCCAUUGGAUCAUUUGGACUCACCGUGACCCCCCCACCCACCCACCCAUCCGUCUGUCCAUCCAUCCGUCCCUCCAAGCCUUCUUCACUGGGACACUUGGGAAUUCUUCCCUAGCACAAUGUUGAAUACUGUUCUUACCUCAGUCUUAGGGUGGAACUGAGGGGUAGACAGGGGAGAAGGACCGCCUCAGAGGGAGCAAAUAAACGGUGUCUUUUUUUUAUGUUUUUGUCUCUUUGUUUUAUCUCUGUUCGACUUCUCCUCCGAGGUCGCCGAUUGGCCCACGCACCUGGAGAUUCUUCAUUCUCAUUUGCCAAAAUGUCCGUCAAUGUUGUCUCCACUCUGAGCCCGUCGGGGCCGGUAUUCAAACCGACGAACAUAGCUGAAAAAAAGACAAAUACCUAAUGAAGAAACAGACUAUUAAAAAAAUUCUUAAAAUGUAAAAAGAAGGAAAAAGAAUCUAAAUACAUCAUUAUAUAUACAUAAAUCUAAUAAAUGUGCAACGCUGUAUCCACUUCCGAGUGACAAGUACAAAAGAAAGGGAUAACUCAUCGAGGAGAAGGCUGAAGAAGGCGGCGUUGGAGAGCCACAGGAAGUGGUGCGACAGUGACGCCUCCUCUAUGCAGAGAGUCAACGGGGAUUAAAGCAACUUAUUCUGAUGUACACUGGAUAUUUCGUCAUCUCGCUCAACCUCUAGACUCUCCUCUGUAUCUUACAGACUUUCAUAUCGUUACCAACAACGUGUGUGCGUGUGUUAAUUUCUAUUUUCUUGCCAUUCCUCUCUUUGUUAUUCGUUGGGUUUUUUGCUCUGUCUGUAUUAUUGGAAAAUCUCUUAUUUUUCUAUUGUUGUGAAAGUGGAUGAUAUUUGAUUUGUUGAAAAAAUACGUUUUGUGGCUUUUAUCUAACAACUCAAAUUAAUUUCUCCUUAUGAAAAGGGCUGGAAUCUAAAAAAAAAGGAGGGCAAGGAUACAAAAGGCAUAUAUCAUUUAGUACUCACUGAUGUGGCGACAUCAGAUUCAUCGACGCUGAAAUCUCAAAGCGAGUGUGUAUGAACCACAUGUUUAUCAUUUACCUGAGGAUUUCAUCUCUUGACCUAUCUGAUGUGAUGUAAACUGCCUCCCUCACCCUCUAAUGUCAUACGCUUCCACGGUUUGGCUCAGUCUGUGAGUGUGACUGUACAAAUGCUGAUGAGAUCAGUGUUAAAUACACCAAUAGUCUAGCCAGAUUUGGUUGAGUACACAUCAGUAUGAAGAUCACAUACACAUGAGUAGAAUCCCUAUUUGUGUGUAUUCAUAUAUAUGCAGGAUAAUAGAAAUACGGAUGUGUAAUCCUUUAAAGGCGUACAUUUAAAAACAUAUUUCAGGUUUCGCUGACAGUUGUCUGUAUGAGAACGUCGUCUGUGUGACUUCUUUGUUGAUAUUUAUUUAUUGAGGUGCAAGAGACGGUCCUGUUUGGUGUCAGAAACGUUCACCCUCAUUAUUAUCUCGUUUCUAUAUUCCAUAUUUGCGGUGAAGCUCAAAUGUGGUGUAUCUCUCUGUCUACCAGGCUUUUAACCUUUAUUUGUAUAUAAGUAAAUAGUUUGACAAUCUAAGACCAACUGGAAAGUAAAAAUGUCGAGGUUGCUCGAGCAACAGAAGAGGAGAGAGGCCAUAUUUUUUCUGACGCCAAAGAGUUGCUUUAGCUUUUCCAUUGCAUUGUCAUUUUAGCUCGCCACUCCAGCAGACGGGAUGCGGUAGUAUGUGUAAUAGAGUAUAACUUCACUAAUGGAGUGCAGACCCUGGAUCAGGUCCAUUUAGGGAAUAUUAUCACCUUCAUCACUGUUCAAGGUUCAAGAAAUGGGGCAAGUUGCAAUGGAGCUAUUUCUAAUAGUAUUGAAGUGGCGGACCUAGAACAUUCAGCACCCCAGGCAGGCUUCCCCUGGUGCCACCCCUCCAAAUUAAUAUUAUAAUUUAUAUCUGUGUAUUUAUUAUUGACGAAAACAAGAGCUAAUGAGAAAUUAACACAAAAAAUAUCUUAGCUAACAAACAAUAAUGAUAAGUAACAAUAAUAGAAUAUGUUAAAUUUGCAAAUUUGGUCAUCGGAUGGCUUUUGCCUUUUCAUUUUCUCUCAAUCUAAUGCUAUCCACACACACUACACUCAAGUGAAUGUUGGGGGAGGGGGGAGCUGCCUAUGUCACGUAUAGAAAGAUCCGCCACUGUGCUAUUGUUUCAUAAUAUGUCAUAAAGAGUAACAUUUGGACUAACGUGCAAAGCGGCCUAAUCCAGUGGUUCCCAACUGGUUCAACCACAGGGUCCAGAUUUCUCCUCAGUCAUUAGUUCAAGGUCCACACAGUUUGACACAUUAGCAUCAUACUUGAAUUCGGCCAUGUCUUCGAGCUAGUUUUCUCUCUCUUUUAAGUGGCUGUCCGUUAGUCACUCACUCUACAGCAUGAAAUGGCACUUAAGUGAUAUAAUAAUUUGUGGAUUUGGGGGGCCAGUGAGACUUCUUGAGCACUUGGCAGUAUGGCAUGGCACAUUAUCUUGCAGGAAUGGUGCAACCAACAUAACCAAGUCCUCAAGGCAUCAACCUGGCCUCCGAAUUCCCCAGAUCCCACUCCGAUCAAGUAUCUUUGGGACAUGCAGGUUCUUAAACUUGCAACCUACAGGAGACAAAGGUUACUUGCGCUUGGCCAUGUCGUCAAGCUAGUUUGCUGUCUUGGUCAAGUAGUUGUGCGUUUGUCACUCACUCUAUGGCAUGAAACUGCACUUCAAAAUAAAAGCUCUGUGAAAAUAAAGUAUGUUUUUUUACAAAUCAGACAUGUUUGCGAGACACUUGUGGGACACUCGACCCGUGACCCACUUUUGGACCAUGACCCACCAGUUGGGAACCACUGGGCUAAGUGAUAGUUGAUAAGGCUGUUUCCAUAAGACAAAUUCCUGAACCAUUCCUCUACAGCUCAGACACACAACAGUAUUUAUGGUAUUCAUCUGUGUGUGGUGUGUGUAUGUGAGAGUGUGUGUCAGGGUGUGCUCAUGUAAAUUAAGUGAUAUGAUUUAAGAUUUUUGUUUAAUAAUUGAUGUUGAUGUCUCAUCAGUCGGCAGUCUGUGUCCAGUUGAGUGUCUGUUACACUAAAGCCACCAGUUACAGUUAAACUAAGAUAAUAGGAUAACGAGCAUUAGAGGAUGACCUCUGAGUUUCGGGUUUAAUUUAAAAGGCGCAUGUUUUCUCUUUGCGCACAAGCUUCGACUCUCCUUCACUUCAGUUUUUGCCUUUCUCUCUUCCUCCAGCGAGUCUUCCACUGACUCUCCUGGUUCCACAGCUACAGAUAUGGCCUUCUCUGUGUUUAGUAAGCAUUGUAGUGUGGAUGUUGGUAGGUAGCUCUGUCUUUAACCCCCCAAGGUGAAGAAGAGGAAAAAAAAACACUUCAGGAAAAAUAGUUUUAGCUAGAGGUCAUCCCUGAAAACCUAUUCAAUGUCUUUCCUUCCAACCCAAUCGUUAUUUGUGUUUCUGUUUUUUUUUUCUUAUUAUUUUCAAUGUUACAUUUUUUUCUCAUCUUUGAUUGACUUGUUUCUCGUCCAUUCACCACAGUAUGCAGUAUUCUUACCCAAUACAAUCCACACACUCAAGCAACAUGAGGGAGUCCUGUCUAUCUGCCAUAUGCCAUCUUCUGUCCUGGAUUCAACAGUUAUCAGUGGGUUGCAGUAUUUUUCUCAUUGUAGCCAAUUUUCUUGUACAGUUUUAUGCAACUUUCACAUGGAUGUUUAUGACUUUAUCUGCUGCCACAAAAUUUAGAAAUUCUGUAGAUAGAGAUUACUGUGCAAUGGAAAAUAAAAGUGGAAAAUGUA